AUUUCGUGAGCGAGUCCCGAGCGAGUCACCAGGCUGCUCUGAGUGCGAAAUCACCUUGGGCCUAGGAGAGAGUUUCAAGAUUUCGAGGGUCCAACUCUGUUGUUUUGGACUUUGAUCCGAGCUGACACUGUGACACUGAAACAGAAAUGUUCUCACAGCUGAGGGCUGAGUUGUAUGUACAUUUGCAGAGGGUGGGUAUUUCAUUCCAAGUUUCAAUCUCCUCAAAAGGCUAUCACUUCUUGCCGCCUAGCUCUUUCCAUUAUUCCAGUUUGAGCUCACUGGUGGACCAAGAGCGGAACAACCUCUUCUUCCUAUUCAAAGCACUGCUGCCAAACUGCACCUGAUCAGCUGCGCAUGCUGCUGCCAAGCCAUCGAGUGACUGAAGAGCAACAAGAUGGCGACCCUCCUGCUGAUCGUGGCACUCCUGAGCGUCGCCGGCAAUGCCGCAGCGGUCUUGAAUACCAUCCAGGUGCCUAGCGGAUCGUGCGCUGACCCGUCGACAACGUAUUUGCAAGCAAACAGCAAGACCGUAGGACUUGGUGUUUACAACCCCGACAUUCCCUUUGUCGCACAUGUCAACUCUGGCGACACUUUGAGCAUCGAGUGCGUGACGCCCAUUGUGACAGCGGGUGGGGGAGAGGAAGCGGAGGGAAAGGGGAGGGGAAAGAGGAGAGGGAAGAAGAAAGGAGAGACGAAGGAGGGGGGGGGGGAAAGGAAGGAGUCAAUUGGACUCACCUGA